UCUGAGCUGUUGGAAACAUCACCUGGCGGCAGCAACCUGGAGGUUCCUAUGGCCUAUUUCUCAAGCCCAAGGCCACAGUCCUCAAGUUCUGCCAUCAAGAUUGUCAAUCCGGCAGAACAUGACGACAAGGCUAAAUUGCAGGCUAAGAGAGAUUCUCCCCAGCGUCAGUGUAGGAAUAUCUUGAUUUAUGGAUCUUGUCGUUAUCAAGACAAAGGUUGUAUUUAUUAUCAUCCGCCGGUUGAAGAUUCAAACAAUCCGCCACGUCCAGAGUCACCUAUUCCUGCUUCGCUGUCUGCACAAGCCGUCAACGCUCCCGUGUUUGUGCCAAAAGCACCUUUUCAUGCCAUUGCAACUCCAUCUCCAACUUCGGCAUCGUCAUACACUCCUUCUCCCUCACCUUCGACCUUCUAUCCAACUCAUGACGAAUACGAUGAUUAUGGAGACUCUGUCUCCAAUCAGACACCUCAAACAUUGGAGCAUCCAUUAGUCAGUCAGUAUCAGCAGGUGGAUUAUGACGACCAUGCCUCACCGAUGGGCAACUUUUAUCAAUCUCAACAGGCUACGUUUGCAAGGCAACCUUUGGAUUAUCAUCUAUACUCGCACCCUACUCCGGAUGCCUUUCCCUCAACGCAUUUUGUCUCUGAUGUAAUUCGCGAGGAGUUGCACAAACGCUCAGAAGCCUCCCAACUGGUCCCAAUACCCGGACAUAACCUACCUGAUGAACUCCAGGGGUAUCACUCCCUUGCUCUUCUUGAACCUUCCGUUACAGAGAGGCGCAAGUUCUUCAGUUGGCACUCUACUGUCUAUCGCGCAAUUAGUUCCAACGAUGGUGUAUCAUAUGCUCUUCGUCGCGUCGAAAAUUUCAGGUUGAUGCAUCAAGCUGCAUUUGGAGCCAUCGAAACGUGGUCGCGUAUUGAGCAUCCAAAUAUUGUCCGUGUCCGUGAAGCAUUCACUACUCGUGCAUUCAACGACAAUUCUUUGGUGGUCGCGUAUGAAUACUACCCGAAUGCUCAGACUCUCUUUGAAUUGCACAUCAAACAGAAGCCGCCGGUAUUUCAGCAUGGCCGUCUUUCAGCCUUCUCAACGGCAUUACCUGAGGCGACUCUAUGGUCAUACAUGAUUCAAAUUGCCAGCGCCAUCAAGGUAGUGCACGAAGCGGGCCUCGCAGUACGCAUGAUUGACCCAACCAAAAUUAUGGUCACUGGCAAGAACAGAAUUCGCAUUGGUUCGUGUGGUAUUGCAGACGUUCUGAUGUACGAUCCUCGCCAGGACACUGCGAUCGCCCAACAAGAGGACCUCGUCAUGUUUGGUCGUCUUGUGUUUGCUCUCUGUUGUAAUAAUCUUGCGGCCGUGAACACACUGCCCAAAGCACUUGACCUGAUGGGUCGCCAGUACUCUGCUGACGUGAAGGCUCUUGCUCUUCAUUUGGUCUCUAAACCAAAUCCACACAAGAGUAUCACACAAGUAAUAGACAUGAUCGGAACGAACCGGUUAGUCCACGAAAUGGACGAUAUGCACAGUUCCGUCAACAGGCUUGAAGCUGAACUCAUGAGCGAGCUCGAAAAUGGGCGCCUGGUUCGCCUUCUUUGCAAAUUUGGCUUUAUCAAUGAGCGACCCGUAUUCGCCCGUGAGCCUCGUUGGUCCGAAACGGGCGAUAGAUACAUCAUCAAGCUAUUCCGAGACUAUGUCUUUCAUCAAGUGGACGAGAACGGUAAUCCUGUUAUCAAUCUUUCGCAUGUCUUGGCUUGUUUGAAUAAGCUCGAUGCUGGUACAGACGAGCGUAUCAUGCUUGUUUCCCGUGACGAACAGAGCUGUCUCGUUGUGAGUUACAAAGAUGUGAAGGCCUGCAUCGAUACUGCUUUUGGUGAUCUAGCUCGGGCAUCGCGAUGAUAGUCGAUCUAAACAUGCAAAAAUAGGUAGAAUCUGAAAAAGACGCGAAAAAUACAAAAUAUUUUGAUUUCAACUUUGGUACAAUCAUGCAUAUGGUACUCUACUGCG